GAAAGGCUUUAUUUAAACAACAAAUCCCGAGCUUCUCCUGUCAUUUUCUUCAUGAUUGCUUUCUUCUUCUUCUUCUUCUUCUUCUCUUACUUGUGCUUCUCUGUUCCUCUAGCCUAGCUCUUUAGGCUCUCUGCUAGAACCAGCAGGAGCAUCUUCCAGCUCUCGCCACACUCCAGUGUCCUCUUCCAUUUCCCCCAUGGCUUCUCCUUCCUUGAGUCUGUCCCAUCCAUCUGCCUGUGCCUCUCCUCUCUUCUCUUUACCUGCUGGGCUAGAGCUACAUAUAGAUGAGGAUGGAGGAGAUGGUGGCAUGUUGAGACCCCACCCAAGCCGUCUCUCUCCACACAGUCCUACAUCCUCAUAUUCUGCAACCAGUGAACUAGACCUGGACUCUGUCAUAGAUGUCUCUGCCACCAUGCUAUCAUCUCAAACCAAGUCUCUGCUAGUCCUCUCUCAGUCUGCUUCCUCUAACUCCAACCUGCUAAGAAAUAGCCCAAGUCCUUCCAAUACCACUACCCCCUCCCUUACCUCAGUUAUCACUGUCCUGGACCACAAGUCCUCCAAGUCCCCAAGUCCAUCUGUAGAACGGGUCUCACCCUCAGCUUCUGGAGGUAAAUCCUCUUGUGCUCCUGAGAGUGUAAGCAAGGGUUCUCCUUGUUUUUAUGAUCUCGAUGUCAGUUUCUCCUCUUCGUCUUUACUUACUACCCAGAACCUCACCCCUCAGGUCUCAGCCCCCUCACCCCUCCCCGUUUUUGUCUCUCUGUCCCCACCUUCAAAAACAUCUUCACCGUCUCCAGUCUCGCCACUAAUAGUCUCUUCUCCAAUGGCCUUUAAUAACCACAACAGACAAUUGCUGGAGUCAGCACCCGCAACCCAUACAACCACCACCUUCACUGUACAGCAACCGCCUGUGGUAGAGCCAUCCCUGGAUGAGGCACUAGACAAGCUUCUAGCAAUGAGUUUUUCACAAAAUCACACAAUGGCGAAUGUGGAUGGACCUCAGCUGAAGAAUGAUGCAGAGUGUCUAGGCAGAGGAAUGCAGGAGGUGCACGAGGAGCUUAUCCUGCCCUUGGACAGAAGCAGUGUCCAGCCAGACACUUUCACCCACACUUUUACAGACGAUUCAGUGGACGGAGGAACAGACGGGAACGGAGACCUGGACUGGGCAGACGAAGAGCUGUCCAUGUCCUUACAUGACGGUCUGGAUGGCACCAUGACCCCUUACACUGAGAGGCUCUAUACAGAUGGCAGCAUGACCCCACUGACAGAGGCCAGUUGGAUGGAUGAGUCCAUGACCCCAUCGUCAUGCCCCGGGACCCCUGACGUCACCCUGGACCUGCCCCUGCUUCAGACACCCACUAUAGACAGAGUCUCAGCAUCUGGACAUAUAAAAUCAGUUAUUAGGCGCACUAAGGAGACUCCCAAUGUGCACCCCAUGUACCGAGAGGCUCACCUGCGCAGGAAGAUGGGACCCAUCAUUGUAAACAAGAACUCUUCCCAGGACCGUCUCAUAGAGGAGCUUCAGGGUAAGCUUGGGAUCGGCCGCUCAGAACGGCGGCGCAAACAGUCCGAUGAUUGGCUGACGGAGGGUGUCAUCAUCACGUCCAAACCUCAGCGAUAUCGUCCCGAUGGGGCGGCCAGUGAGGUCGACAAGAUCAUAAUUCCCCCCGAGUCGCCUGUCCCUGUGAGGAAGGUGCUCCCACCUCCCUCUCCCCCUACCCCUCGUCGCCCCCCUGUCAUAGAAGAACCUAAGCGACCCCUCCCAGUACAGCACCCCCCUGUCCCAAUACCACCCCCACCUCCUCCACCUCCUUCACCACCUCCACAACGUACCCACCACAUUCACGAACCAGUUCCCGCUCCACCUCGGCAGUUCAUAAAACCCUCACCUCCACCGGCUCCAGUCCAGAACCCUUCUACGCCUAAACCAGAGCCGCCUCCUCCUGUCCUAAAAACCCCAACCCAGCCACCAACAGUGGACUUGGUUCCCCCAGUUGCACCCAAAGUCCUGGUCUCUGUAGGCUGCCAAACUGAGUAUGACCCCAUCUUCCCUCCAAUGCAGGCAUGAACCCCUCCCUCUUUUAUUCCUUCUGUUUUUCACGCUUAUUUUAAAGUUUAGUAUCCCAAAACUUAAAUAGUUUUGUUACAUUUCAACAGUAAAUAACUAUUUUCAUACUGAA